GCCCAAUACUGGUGACUUAUCUGGUAAGCUCUCAAUAUUUGGCUACAUUAACAUAGUUGGUAAAUUGGUAAGUCUAACCCCAGUGUUAACCUCAGUUACCUCAACGAAAACGUCUGGGUCUUUUGCUGAUGAAAGCAAAGUUUUCUUCUGCAAAAAGAAAUCUUGAGGACGUUUCCGUCAUCUUUGGGGCAGAGCACUAAAGACAACGGUGCGUCAUUCCACUUUGCCCAAAGCGACACCCCUUCCUAUCCAGGCAAACCCCGCCCUUUGUGGAAAGUUUUGCUGGCACUGAGCAGACUGCUUACUGGUCAGCCUAUAUCGACGUAAAACUAAUGAAUUCCUCUUUCUAUUAGACCUGUAGUCGGUCCUAAUCGAUCUUUCCACACUUCGCUGGUUUAAAACGAACUCCUAGCGAGUCUUAACGCAGUGGGCGGGGCUUGUCUGGAUACGAGUGGAAAAGAAAGUCACUUGCUCCGCCCAGAGUGACGCAAGCAGAUUCCACAAAUAAGGGGAGCGCGCGCUUUAACUCAUCAGCUCCAACAGUGGGAGAUACUGAAGUUCAGCAGCAGCCUGGCCGUCCGCCCCCUUCAGAAGUAUUAAGGGGAAAUACUCAAAUGCUUGGUCAGCUGCGUGACUUGUUGCUCUCCACUGGUUGCUCCUGUCCGCAGGUUAAGGCGUCAGUCUGAUCGGUUUCAGUUUAGCAUAUUUUCAGAUCGUCCCGAAGAGGGCUGUCUCAGCGGUGAGCUCGUUUGUCUUGUAGUUCAGUUUUAAAGGAACGAGCAAACAGCUGUUUUCUGAUCACUUGUUUGAGAGACGCACGUGGAGCUGAGGAGAGCGCGAGGAUGGCUGCAGGCUGGCGUCUCGCGCUGCCGUGGCUGCUGCUGCUCGCGCUGUCUCGUCCUGGGAGCUCGAGAUCUGCGCUGGGCUACUUCACCCUGCAGGACAGUGCUGGCUCCCUGUCUGGGCGUGUAGAGAGGCAAUAUGAUGACGUAGACUAUGACAGCUUCAUCGGCCUAAUGGGUAGAAGGAGCACAGGUGCAGAUGCUGUGCCACAGCUCAGAAGGGACAUGGAUGACAUCUUUGUUGGACUGCUGGGUCGGAGAAGCUCAGACUCAGGUAUCCCUCCAGGGAGAGGAGACGGAAGAGGCAGCUUUAUCAUGAAAAACAGAAAGCUCAGAUUUCAGCGUGCUCUGUAAAGCCCUUACUCAUCACUUGAAACACAUCGGCGUGACAAGGACAACCCAACAUGAGAGCUACAUCUGUUUGAUAUAUUUAUUAUUUGUGGCAUGUUAUUGUGUAAAUUUAUCUAAAUGUAGAGACUAUUACGCUUUUUCUUUUUGAAAUUCCUGAUAGGUUUUCUGGUCUGUAAAGGACUAUUCAGCAGUUUCAGAUAAGAUUUAGUUUUUUAUUUAUUCCUGAAAUGGAUUUCUGUAUCUGUAUGGUGGUUAAAAAGGUCCUUAACCUACACUGUCUAAAUAAUGAAUGUGUUCCAUUGUAACCGGGUAUCUACUUCAGUGAUAUUCAAGUUUAAGGAAAGAUCGUUUUCUAUGAUGACAUAUACAAGAUCCAGGAUCAUCUGUGCCAACUUGAAUACCAACCUGCUAUAAAGCAAUUAUCAAAAUUCUUCAUAAAAGCAAAGCAAUUGAAAGGAAUACUUAAAGCAUUUUUCAGCUUAAUCUCUAUCUGUUGUAUAUGCAACCUCUGGUCAACUACCACAGAAAAGAACAGAAAAAUCACUUCAAAUACACUUACUGUAGAAGCCAGUGAACAAGUGCUGAAUCAUCAGCCCAUUCCCUUCUAUUGUAAAUGCCUUUAAAAUCACUGACUUUUCCAUUCCUUUACUACAUACAGGGAAACGCUUUAAAAUCACUGUCCAUGGUAAUCAACUCUGUGCUAAAGAUAAAGCAGAUAGAGAUUAGGCUAAAAGGGAAAGAACAAACAAAAUUACUGUAAAAUAAGUCUUUAUUCAAUAUGCUGGUCAUUGUACUUCACUGAAUUCAUUGUUCAUUUUCUCCCAUGAACUGUUCACACCAGUCAAUCUUUAUUCUAUAAAUAAAGACUGCUCUGAAGUUACCGUACAUAAUUCCCUUUUACACACACAAAUCACAGAGGAAGGGACCUCUGUACCUUUGGAUUAGAGAGCAAGAAACUCAUAUGAUAA